GUCGACACCAACUAUACCUCAAACUACACCGAAGACAACGAGACCAUGGAGGAGGAAGAGAUUCCGGAGAUCAUCAACGUAUGGGUCUCUGGUGGCGACUUCUUUGUCAACAGGGAGGUUGGUUGGGAGACCAAUUUCGUCACGACGGAGCCAGAGUACCUCUCUCGGCAUCUCAUACUCUGCCCAACCCCAGACGGUCUUUCGUGGCUGCGAAAGGGGCAGGACAAGGUGAAGCUGCGAGUGACUCUGAAUGGCCAGGAGUGGUCUGAGUCAUCAUUGGGCCUGACGGUGUUACCAAGGGAGCCGGAGGAUGCGCAGGCUGAGGUGGACGGAGAGAUGGUUUUACAGCCAGACAUCCCGCGCCUGGAAGUUCAGGGUAACUUGUCCCACGACCCGGCCUUACGCUUCAGGUUGGCAAAGGUCACGCCGGUAGUAGGCCCAUCCUCUGGUGGCACCAACCUCACUCUUACUAUCACCACCUGGCCACGGCUCCUUGCUGGCUACGACUUUGACUGUGUCAUUGGCUUGCAGCGUGUUCCCGCCACGUUGAUGCAGAUCCAGUCCUCGCCUGACUACCGCAGUUACACCCUGGGCUGCACGGAGCCUGGGCAAAACUUGGCUCCCGUGGCUCCUGUCUUCGCCUGUACGUGGGCCCGUGGGGCCUUACCAGGGGCGGACGUGGUGGCACAAUACCAAGAUUCCAUGGGGCAAGUGGGGUGGGCAAAACUUCACGUCCAUGGAAGGCCGCGUUCAUCUUCCCAGCAGGACAAGCUGAGGAUGGCCUUUGCUGCUGGUUUUGCAGAGGGCGCACUGACCUCAAAGCGAUCCUAUCAGCAUUGGCUCUCUUACCGUGAGGACUACUUCCGGGGGAAUGACACGAAAUUUGAGUUUGCAUCCAGGUUCUUAAUGCAAAAUGACCGGUUCGUGCGGCAGAAUCUCAAGAAGGAGAACGACGAGUGGUGGGCUGAGAUGGCCCUUGUUUGGGCGCAGCUAGAUGGUCUGGUCGCUGGCAACGUAGCGACCUGUGGCAAAAGCUGCCUGACGCUGCUCAACUUCCUCUUUUUUCAGGCCGAGCAAGACCUUUACAAUGUGGUGGAAGUUCCAUUUGCUGACGAUGAGUGGACCCUCGAACGGGCCGCUGCUUUCACCCGCAAGACGUCGCAUUGCUCGUCCGUCGUGAGACUGGCGCCCAACAACAGCGACCUUUAUGUGGGCCACAAUACCUGGACUGGCUACUAUUCAAUGCUGCGAGUCCUGAAGGAGUAUGACCUACCUCUGGGCGGCAGCGCAGAUAAGGUGGUUUUCUCGGGAUAUUUUGGUCAGCUCUACAGCGGAGAUGACUUUUACACCCUCAGCUCUGGGCUCACUGUGCAGGAGACCACCAACUCGCUGUACAACAAGACAACUUCAGCAUUGAUCAAGCCAGAGAGUGUCUUCUCGUGGGCAAGGACGCUGGUGGCGAACCGGCGUGCCACGGAUGGCCCCUCCUGGGCGCGUUGGUUCUCGCCCUUCAACUCCGGCACAAUCAACAACCAGUGGCAGAUUGUUGCUACCAAAGAGGUACCAGAUGGCAUGCUCAUCGUGCUGGAGCAGAUGCCUGGCACCAUUGUGUGGGAGGACGUGAGUGAAGUACUGCAAAGCCAAGGUUUCUGGGUCUCUUACAACUCGCCGUUCUUCCAGAAGAUUCGCGAAGUAUCUGGUGCGCAGUUCAUGGAGCAGCGCUAUGGGGACGCAUACUCGUACACCAAGAAUCCCAGGGCAAAGAUCUUUGCCCGCGACAUCUCCAAUGCCACAGACCUACCAAAAGUUCAGCAUCUUCUCCGCUACAACAACUGGAAGCAUGACCCGCUGUCAGCCCAUGGAUACGAGGGACCUUGGGAGCCCCGGGCACCUGAGAAUGCCAUUGCUGCAAGGUACGACUUGCACCCCUGGGAGAACAUGACAGAGGCCUUUGGAAACACAGACGGCAAGAUCUGCAGGGCAGCAGACUGCCAUGCCAUGCGCUUCAAUGCCGUCAGCGGGCCCACUGCCGACCAGCAGCCACCCUUCUCCUGGACUGGGAGAUGGGCAUCCCGACCGCACCAUGGCCAGCCUGAGACUUUUAACUUCAGCUGGAUCAGCUUCGCGGCUAUGCCGGCCCUGGUGCACUGUCGAGCAGCCCCUCUGCUCGGCCCUUGUGCAAACAUCAUCGCCUCAGAAAGUGGUCAGGGAGCUGAUUGGGGCUUCUGCGACAGUGAGGAUGACCCUAUGCUGGUGUCGGUGCAUGGGCGAUACUUUCCCGAAGCGCGCCUGGACGCUUUGCUGUGCCGCUUCGGCAAUGCGGAAGCAGGUGCCGUGGCUCCAGGGCGAUGGCUCAGCAAUCGGGAGAUCACAUGCGCCCACACCUUACUUACCCAAAUCGGACAACACGUUGGGACGGUCCCGGUCACCAUUUCGAUCAAUGGUGGUGCAGACUGGACGCCCACGACCGCGUAUUUCAGCUUUGUGCGGGAGCUCCGAGGUGCCAUCUACCCAGAGUUUGGGCCGAGACGCGGCGGGACGUUGCUAGAUGUGCUUGACCCAGCUUUCAUGUUACUUUGGGUUUGUUGUUUUUUUAAGUACAGAAUGACCCUGCUAAUGAUUUGCGCUUAG